AUGGAGUUGGAGGUAGGUGCCCGCGUGGCCUUUGGCGCCGGCAGAACGGGAAUUGUGCGCUUUGUUGGUGAGACAGAUUUUGCUAGUGGUGAGUGGGUGGGCAUUGAGCUAGAUCAACCGGAAGGGAAGAACAACGGCGAGCUAAAUGGCCGCGUCUACUUCACAUGCGCGCCCGACCACGGUCUGUUUGUUAAAAAGUCGAUGGUUCGAACGCUUUUAUCAAGUGCUUCUUCUGCGGUUAAGACACCCUCGAUUCAGCGACUCUCUAGCGCAAAUAGUGUCUUGUCAGGCACUGGAUCAUUGUCGUCGUCGCCCUCUGUCUCCACCGUCUCUAGACUCUCGGCACCCAGAACACGAUCUUCAGUAAUCGCACCAAGCAGCAGAUCCAGCAUAUCCACAACAUCAGCGACCAAAUCUAGACUUUCGCUGGAUAAACGGUCGUCCAUUGGUAGUGCAACGUCAGGAAGUAGCUUGGCGUUGGAUGAUCAGCUGAUUGAAGCUAAAGCGCGCAUUAAUAAGUUGGAAGAAGAGCUGGAGCAAAAAAGUCGCCAUGUAGAGCAGUUGAGACAGAGCGUGGUGGUCAUGAAGGAAGCGGUGGCAGCUAAUAAUGAUAAGAAUAAUUCAUUAGAGCAGCAAGACUAUGAAGAUAUUGACGAAUUGACUCCCAAAAACGAUGAUACCCAGAUUGAGGCUGAUGGAGACGAAGCGAUGCAAGAAGUUAACGAAAUCGAUAUCGAUAAUAGUGAGUACUCGCGGGAGCAAUUGGCGCAGCAAAUUGAAAAUAUUCGCGGAGAAGCCGAAGAACACGUAAGGUCUGUGCGCGCUGAGCUAGAAGAUCAUAUUGCGGAGCUAACCGGUGAACACGACGAGCAGAUCGAUGAACUUCGACUCGAAAAUGCCACGCAGGCGUCGGAAAUAAAGACGCUAGAGGCAGAAGUUGCGCAACAAAAAACACGAAUUGCAGCAUUUACAGCUGCAGAACAAAAGAAGGCAGAAGAGGUUGCAAUGGCCGUAGCCAAAGCGAGUUCAGGAGCUCGUAAAGUAGAGGUGUUGGAAAAACAGGUUGCCGAAUUGCAUGACAUGAUCGAACUCAUGACGCUAGAAAAAGAGACGAUUGAAAUGGAUAAAGAAAUUGCUGAGGAACAUGCUGAAGAUCUUCAACAGGAAGUUGAAAAGCUAAAAGCUGCGAUGGCGCUGUCAGCAACGACGGGACCAGCGUACGCGGAAGGAUCACCAGGUAAUGUAGGAGGCUUGGCCGAUGAGAACAAUAAGCUUCGAGCAGCUGUCAAGAUGCUGCACGAGCGCGCUUCGGAGGAGAAGGCGGAACUGAGCAAGAAGCUUAGACAAGCGCAACGGGAAAAUGCUGAGCUGGUGUCAUUAAGGGAAGAAGUAGAAGAGCUGAGCACGACAAAAUCAAAUCUACAGAGCGAGAUGGAAGAGCUCAAGGAAAUGCUGGAUCUUGCAAACGCAUACGAGUCCAUGGUGGAAGAAUUGACCGAGAAAAAUUUAAAUCUUGGUGAGAAACUAGCUGAGCUUGAGACUACCGUUCAGUCUCUUGAAUCGUUGCGUGAAGUGGACCAAGAAAUGGAGCAUCAACAUACUGAAUAUGAGGCAGAACUGCGGGCCGAAAUUGACACGCAACGAGCAAUGCUGCAGGAAUUCAAACAAGCGGCGUUGGAUCAGAAAACAGUGGUUGAAGACAAGGAACGUACGAUUGCCCGCUUUCGUGACCUUGCACAUAGUCAUCGCGAAGAGAUAGCGCAGUUGAAAGCAAAACUUCGUGCAGAGACUGGAGCAGUCGAGUCACUGAAGGAUACGGCACAUUUGGCGCUCAACCAAUCGAUGGGGCUGCGUUCAUUGGUCGCUGCUGCACGUGAGCACGAGACGGAGGCAGCGCGACAAAAGAUUAUUGCGGAGCAAGCAAGGAUUGAAAAUUCAUUUUUGUGUGCCGUAGUGCCCAGCUCGAUUUUCUCAGAGACUGAUCAAAAAAUACUUCGCGUUCGGUUGACACUGGGUCGCAUUGCUGGCAAAUCAGACAUUUUAGUGCGCUACUUGAAGAAAGAAUUGGAAAGCAUCGCACAACAGCAACAUCCCAGUAGCCAGUUAGACAACGAUAAAGAUGAAAGCGUGCCCAUUGCGGCCAUUUCCGUUGAGCAGCUAGAUCUAGGUGUCAAACUCGCGGCCGUCUCAUGUCAAGUUAAGGAAGAUCUCUUCAUGCUCGAGUGUCACUUGACAACGGAAGAGGAGUUUGCACAAGGAUGUGCUGCACUUGAUACGUCCCAGACGUCAGCUUUAGAAAAUUCGUUGGACUUGGCGUUAUCGGCAUUCUCGGAAGGUGCGUUGCUGAAAGGAUCUCGCAGCGGUGGUGACGGGGCUUCAUUGUAUGACCGUUUCGUCCAAACGUUGGAAGAAUGGCACUCAAGUCGAAUCCUGCAAGUUUCACGUGCCCCUGGAGCUGAAAGUUUCGGUGCGCGUACCGGUGUGCUCAAGUUGCGUACAAGAAAGAGUGUGGCCAAGUUGGCAUUUUCCAUCGCGUCUAUGUUGAUGCCAGUACUGGAUCAAUGUCUGGGAGAGUUGCUUUCAGUAUUGAGUGUUGCACAAUCGUUCUAUCGUCGCGCUGAGAUUGACCUCGCUGCGUCAGACGACGAUCUCGAUGGAUUGGUGGCUGCGGGUGGAGAGGUUGUCUCCAGUAUACAGAGUUAUGCAACAGAGGCACAGUCGCUGGCGGCCGCGUUGCAAGUCCAGCUUGCUGAAGAUGGUCUUCUGGAUAACACACGAAUAGAAGAACUAAUGCAAUUCACGCGGCAAAACGUUUACGAAGGUGCUGUGGCAUUCAAAGAAAAAGUUGCAUUGCUGUUUAAGCUAGUCUGUCGUGGAGCAUUUACCGAUUCUGUGGCACCUCGUACUCGCAAUGAGAGCUCAGAUGGCUCCAACGGCCGUCCACAAUGGCGCAUUCGUGCCCAGAUCAUCCACCAGGAGCUUUUAGAUGCGUCCACGCUGCGCAGCAAUUUAUCGGAGAUGACAGAGCUGUGUAACGCUUUGCAUCAACGAAUUAGGGAUUUAGAGCGUUCGGACAGCCAGCACCGCGUGGUAGCACAAAAGCUGGAAAGCCAUGUGUUGCAACUGACAGAGACUGUUGCAGCGAUGACGAGUGAGAAGACACAGCUAGAGGCUCAACUUGCGAAGGAGCGUGAGCAAUUUGACGUGGCACUGGAUGAGUCGAAUAAGGAGAAAACUUUACUAAACUCGCUUAAUCGGGACCUGCGCAAGCAGCUUAAGCGGACGAGUGAUGCUGGCAGCAGUAACAAAAGUGGAAGCGCAGGCUCGAAUGGUCCCAAGGGCUCGACUUUAAGUGCAGGUGACGCUGAGGCAUUCCGUCAGGCGUUCCAAUAUCUACACGCCGAGUUACAUUCAGUGCGUGCAACACUUGCGAAUGAGCGAUUGAUGAAAAUUCUUGGACCAAGCAGAAGGCGCAAUUCGACGCCAAAACCGUCAGAUCAGGUAGCAAAGUCGCUGAAAGAUGUGGCCACAUUUGCACGACAGGUGAAAGCUCAGCUGUCGAUGCCGCGCUUGGUGGAUCUCAGACGUACUGCGGACUCUCUCACUGACACAUCACCACAUUCUCAAUUAGUAACUGAAAAGCUACAACAGUCACGAAUCCAGAGAGACCUGACUGCUUUGCGCGAGCGCGUCGGUGCGGCCAUGCGUGAGGACGGAUGGAGUCCGGACGUCACGAACGCUAUCGCUCGUGGGGAGAGCGUGUUUGGCUGGCAACCACCAGAAAUAGAGCGACCACCUGUAUUGCUAGGACGCGUGAAGCUAGGCACCGAAACGACGACUACCACCCAGCAUCAGCUAUUGCAAGUUGUGUUGAACAGCUCUGAGACAUUUAUGAGCGGUAACAGCACCCGUUAUACGCUCUAUGGUCCGAACCCGAUUUAUCAUGCAACUUUAGAUUCUUACCACUGCUCGUGGUGCUACGAAAGGCUGUGCUAA